UCAAACAAGCAAAGCCCAACGGAUAUCCCUAAUUUUUGCCACUGAUUUUACAGAGAGAGAAGAACUAAAAAAUGAGCUAGAAGAAGAAGCGAAGCCGAAGCUACCAGAACAACAUCUGUCCAAUGUCGUCGAAACCGCAAAUUCCUGGAAUGAAUUCGGUGUGCGUGAAUUUGUAUUGGGGUGGGAAAAUAGUUCAAGGUCUUACUGGUAUCGACUAUGAGCCAGCUAUUUCUGAUGGUUUUGUAAUGUUGGAUGGAAUAGUCUCAUAUGAUGAGCUUGUUGAUAUGAUAUGUGAAAGAAUUGGAAUAAACAUGAAUAAGAACAAAGUUGUGAUAGUAUGGAGACGCGCUAUUUUUCUCGGAAAAGGAUAUCAUCAUAUAGGCACUCGACUUAGUGAACAAUGCAUGGAGUUGAUGUUUAGAGAGGCGAUUGAAGCAAGGAAUAUUGUAUUGUUUAUUGAGGUUGAAAAGGAUGAGCAACCACAGGCACUACCGACGAUGGUUCAUGAUGUUGGGACGUCUGAGAGAGACAUUGGUGAGCAAUUAGGUGCUGAUGAAAACAUAGAAGUACUUGUACAAGACUCUGAUUAUGAAAGUGGCGCAGAGUUAUCUGACCGGGAAGAGGAUUUGAGUGAUGCAUCUUCUGAUGAUAAUGUAUCUGAUGAUGAGGUAAUUGCUAAGCCAAAACCAGCUCCACACUAUGGCCGAGAGUAUGUUCGUUUUCUAAAGGAUGAAGAGGGAAAAAGUUACUAUACACGCAAAUAUGGUUGUAAUGAAGAUCUCUCAUACUGGGAUGAGAAUAACCCUACCCAUAUUGGGUUAGGAACAAAAUUUCCCACCAAGCUGUAUUUGAAGACUGCAAUAGCUUUGUGGCAUCUUUCAGCUAUGCGACAAUACACGGUGGUUGAAAGCAAAAGUAAAAGAUGGCAUGCCAUGUGCAAAUUUCCGUAUGGUGCAAAAGGACAUGAGACUAGCGUUGCAUGUAUGUGGGAGAUCCUAGCAACAACGAGAAAACACGAUGGACAUUGGGUAAUUAGAACAUGGAAAAAUGGUCACACAUGUAUGGGACAUUAUAAUUCGAGAGAAUGUGCAAAUCUUUCUUCUUCAAUGGUUGCUUUAUGUGUUAGAGAUCAAAUUGAAAAUGAUGUUCAUUAUAAUCCAUCAGCAAUUAUGAAAGAUGUUAAUGAUAAAUACCACGUGGAAAUUAGCUAUAAAAAAGCAUGGCAUGCUCAUAAGAAAGCUAUUGAGCUUGUGUUUGGUGGUUGGGAGUCCUCCUUUCAAGAUUUGCCAAGUUAUAUGCAAGAAAUGCAAAAAGCAAAUCCAGGCACUGUUGUUGAGUGGUUGCAUGAUGAAAGAUUAAGCCGUGGGACUACCAAGGUAUUUAAGUAUGUGUUUUGGGCAUUUCGACCAGCUUUGUCUGCCUUUCAAUUAUGCAAACCUGUGUUAACCAUUGAUGGAACUCAACUACGAGGAAGACAUAAAGGUAAACUUUUAAUUGCUGUGGGGUUCGAUUCUAAUAAGAAGUGUUUGCCAGUUGCAUUUGCCAUUGUAGAUGAUGAAACAAGUGAAAGUUGGAACUGGUUUAUUUGUCUUAUCAAAAAUCAUGUAGCCGUUAGAAAUAGAGAGUUGUGCAUAAUAUCUGAUAGACAUAACGGAAUCAUAAAUGCUAUGAACUCUAGUGUAUGGCAAGAAGCACCACAAGGACAUCAUCGUUUCUGUUUGGCACAUGUUAGAAAAAAUGUCUUACAAACUCACCAGGAUAUAAAGGUUAAAAUUUUGGUAUGGGCGAUGGGAAUCGCCACACAGAAACAUGAAUAUAUCCGAAGAUGGCGUGAACUUAAUCAUGUUAGUGAUGAGGCUGUGAGGUACCUAGAAGUGUUGGAGAAAAGUAAAUGGACCUUGGCAUAUGACAAAUGUCGAAGAUGGGGAGAGACAACUACGAAAAUGGUGGAGUGUUACAAUAAUGUGUUGAAAGGUGCAAGAGACAUACCAAUCAAGGCUUGCAUUGACAGGACGUUUUGGAAUACAGUGAAGUGGUUUGUAGAUAGAACGCUAGAAAUUCAAAAUUGUGAAACUGUGUUGACACCGUGGGCGCAUAAGAAAUUGAGCAAGAAUGAUGCGGAUGCCCAACUACAUCGUGUUAAAGAAUGCGACUUACCACAGGGAAUAUACGAGGUUAGUUCAUUGCAGCCUGUUGGAGGAAAAGGAGAAAAUACUCAUACAGUCAAAUAUUUUAAAGGAAAAUGCACCUGUAGAAAGUGGCAAAUAUGGAGAUUGCCUUGUUCGCAUGCCCUGGCAGUGGCCAGGGACAAAGGCGAUGACAUACUUGAGCUUGUUGAUAAGUUGUAUAGUAAAGAAGUGUGGUCACAGCAAUAUAAUGACGGGUUCAGGCCACUAAGGCACGAAGAUUAUUGGGGCACGCCGGACUGGACAUUGACAUGUUCUACUUCACAGUUAAUUCCUCGUCCACGUAGUCGAUACAAAAGAGCCCGAGUCCGUAAAACAGAUCAGCCAAGAGCUUCCCGCCAUUGCAAGGAAUCCCCUCUGUGACUGAAGGCUGUCUUCAAGGCUUUAAAUGCGGUAAAUGAGAGGAAUUAUAUGAUAUACAGUAUCUACAUCGUCAUUCUAUUUCACUGUUCAUAUUUUCCUCUUCUGUCUUUCGUUAGCUGAUUGAAACUCCCAAAGUCGUUCAAAGAAAAGUUUGGCUGAACUGUAGUUGAAUUGUAUCUACUGUAAUCGGUAUGAUUUUCACACUUUUUCUUAGUUUCUCAACGCAUUUGAAUGCACUUGAUGUGAUGCCUAACGAGUUUGCAACGAACGAAUUCUGUAGUUGCUUAAAUUUGAUAAAUUGCACCAUUCUUAUUGCACUUUGUUGUGUCUGAUAUGAUAAUCUCGUUUGUCCAAUUCCCCAGGUUUAUCAAAGAAAUAUUUUAUCUCGGGCUAUUUGGGAUGGUCAAGCUGUAACUCUCUGGAUCGAGCAAAGUGAGCAUCACUCGAACCACUUGCCUUCGUUUUGAAUAGUUGAUUGAUAAAAUGCUUCCAGAUACUAUUACUUGAGAUCCAUCAUCUUUCUUGACGCGAAUGACUUGACCCUGCUAUUACAAUGUUGUGUAGAGGGAUGUAUGGAAUUAUCUGUAGUUUGUAAAUUUAGGUUAUGAAGAGGUUCUUGUCUUUGAUGUUAUGCCUCACUUCAUAUAAACAAGGAGCAAUUGCAUUUGCUUUAAUGUGUUUGUAAUGGAGUGCUAUGCUAGGAUUUCUGAGGUCUCAUAACAGUUGGUGAUUGUCUCAACCUUUUUAUCUGGAUUUUAGUGAAAAUUGAAGAAACAAUCACCUCUUUUUUGGA